UCCAAGACGAAGAAGGGGGCCGAUUAGAGAGAUCGAACUCCAUGAAACAUCUUCCUCUUCAUCGCAACGGCCACUCCCAAAUCGUUAUCCUCUUCUCCUCCGCCGCUUUCUUAACUUAGCCUCUCAAUCACUCAACUGCUUUAUUUCUCGCCGGCCGACGAGUAACCAUGGACGUCGAUCCUCGUCACUACGACCACAUCGCUGUCAAUGAUGGUGAUAUCCAGAACAUUGUUCUAUCCUACCUUGUUCAUAAUUGUUAUAAAGAAACUGCAGAGUCGUUCACUACCUGUACUGGGCUUAAGCAGCACACGGAUUAUCUUGUUGACAUGGCAAAAAGAAAAAGAAUUUAUGAUUUUGCAGUAGAAGGGAAUGCACUUAAGGCAAUUGAGUUAACGGAAGAGGUAGCAGAUGGUUUACUUGAGAAGAAUGAGGACCUGCAUUUUGAUCUUUUAAGUCUUCAUUUUGUUGAACUUGUUUGCUCUAGGAAAUGCACAGAGGCCCUGGAAUUUGCUCAGGUCAAGCUUGCCCCUUUUGGGAAGUUGCAUAAAUAUGUGGAAAAACUUGAAGAUUUCAUGGCCCUCCUUGCUUAUGAAGAACCAGAGAAGUCUCCAAUGUUUCAUCUGCUUAGCGUGGAUUACCGGCAAAGAGUAGCAGAAAGUCUAAAUCGAGCAAUUAUCGCGCAUGGAAAUUUGCCGAGCUAUACAGCAAUGGAAAGGCUGAUAAAGCAGGUGACUGUAGUUAGACAGUCCUUGAGCCAAGAGCUGGGCAAGGAUGGGGUUCAAUCAUUUUCUUUGAGGGAUUUUCUGAAAAGCUAAUUCAAAGAGUUCGGUUCAGGCUCACAGCACUGAGAUGCAACCACCAGCUUCAGAUCUUGUUGCCAACCAUGGUUGUGGUGCUCUCUUCAUAUGCUUUAGGUGUGCCGUGUAGGCCAUAAACUGUGUCAUCUAGGUCCCCUGAGCAAAAGUUUGUUUCCUUUCAGUUUGGUGACCUCGUUGUCCUAAUGGCUUGUAUUGUGAUUGUACAUGCUCUCUUAUUUUGCUGCUUGCCCUUUCCCCUCUUUUCUUUUAUUCUUCAAAAUUUAAUGUAUGGAGAUCUUGGCUCGCAUUAUUGUGUCUCAUAGCCCGGUUCUGGCACGGAGGAUUGAGGAACAUGGAAGGAACUCUACUUUGUUGUCAUAUGCGAUAUCAUCAAAUGCCAGCUUUGUUUCAGUGUGUCAAAAAGCCUGCAUCAUCAUAUGAGUGAAUUAUCGUCUUUUUGCAUUAGUUGUGUUCGAAAGAGGAAAAUACUUCAAGAAAUUCACAUUGUAUUUUCUC